AUAACAAUUGAUUAAAAGGUGUUGGCUGCUGAAAAUGUCAUCCCUGAAUUUAUUCAUGUAUUUAUGGCAAUGAAUUGGACUGGCUGAUCACAAAAUGGAUAUUGCUUUCAGUAAAAUUCUUGACGUUUCCUGGAAAUUUGGGGUGACCGCAGCAAGUAGCGAAUUGGAUAAAGCUGGAAAAAUGUUUUUCCAGCUCAGGCUUCUCAUAGAUACAGCCGGAAAGACUAGCAGCGUCUUUACGGAGAUGACAUUGACUGAAUUUUACAAAUUCUUCCAUGAUUUAGAAAAGGCAAAAAACAACCUGGAUUUACUAUCAUAAAAUAUACUCCGUGUAUUCAUUGUCUAUGUCUGAAAUUUAUAAUAGCAUUAAGAUUCUUGGUAUUGUAUAUAAUUAAGUAUAAUCUAAAGCUUCAUAUUUUCUAUCUAGCAAAUAACACUACAUGCACUUACUA